AUGACGGCUGGCACGAAGAGGAAACGAAAAAACGCCACCCCAUCAGCACCGCUGAAGAAAAGGGCGCGGGUAGAAGAAAAUGAAGAUGAGAGCGAGGAAGAUUGCGAUGAUGGAGCGUUCGUGUGCGUGUUUGAGGGGUGCGGCAAGAGCUUCAACCGCGAAGGCAAGCUGGCGGACCACCUACGCACCCACACCGGCGAGCGACCCUUUGUAUGCGGUUUCAGCGGAUGCGAGAAGCGAUUCACGCGCAGUCACCACCUGAAGCGCCACGAGCUGUCGCACACGGGCGCUAAGCCGCACAGAUGCGACCACCCCGGCUGCGAUGCCGCAUUCCUCACCGCCCAGCAUCUGCGACGCCACCAGCUCCAGCACCGCAAGGACAAGCCCUACGCCUGCGGCGAGCCCGGCUGCGACGCGCGCUUCGCCAAGCACGGCCAGCUGCAGCGCCACCUCUGCACCGAACACGACCACGCCUUCCCCUAUCCGUGCCCCGAGCCCGGCUGCGCCAAGGGCUUCCUCCACCCCAGCCAGCUGCGCCGACACAUCGAGGGCGCGUUCGGAAGGCAGAGCGAGCUGGUGAAGCACCGGCGCGAGGCGCACUCGGCGGCGGCGAUGGCACUGGCCGGCGACGCGAGCGCGGCGGCCGAGGGGCCGGCGACCAAGGGCGAGUUCGCGUGCAACACGUGCGGGCGCACGUUCACCCGCAAGUCGGGCCUCACGCAGCACCUCCGCAUACACGAGGCUGACUCCACCCAGCCCCUCUUCACCUGCGAGAAAUGCGGGUGCUCGUACACCAAGAAGAGCAAUCUCGCGACGCACAUGAAGGUGGUGCACGACGGUUUGCGUACGUUCGUGUGCGAGGAGCCGGGCUGCGGGAAGGCCUUUGGCUACAAACACCUCCUCCAGCGCCACACGCUCGCCAAGCACUCGCCCAAGGAGGAGACGGCGAAGCGACCGUCGACGAGGAAGAAGAGGAAGUUCGACGUUGUGCGCGACUUCCUGGGCGUGCAGGCUCCGCCACUCUUCAACCCGACGCCCUACGUCUUCGACUCGUCGGCGUUGGCCGACGGCGACGGUGCCCUUGCUUCCAUGCCGCCGCCGCUGCGGACUGGCCCGGCCGGAGCCGACGCGGCUUCAUCCUGUCUCCCUUCAUCUUCCUUCUCUACACUCGGGUGA